UCUCCGGCCGCGCGGCCGCUCACCGAGGCAUCGGGGCGGCUGAUGCGGGGCGGGGUGUCCCCGCUCCCCGACGGGCCCGGCUCGGCCCUGGCGCUUCCCCGGGCGGGGCCGGGCGGGGGCGGACCCGGAAGGCCGCGGCAGGUGCUGGUCCCGGCCGGCAUGGAGGCGGCCCCGGCCCGGUACCAGGCCCGGUACCAGCGGCUGCGGGGCAGCGACAGCGACGGGGAGGAGGCGGUGGAGCUGCGGGGCGGGCCGGGCCGAUCCUCGCUGCAGGUCCUGCUUCACCAGCACCACUGGGAGACCUGCGCCCGCAUCUCCUCGGCCCUGGUGCUGCUGGCGCUGGCCUUGGCCUUGGCCUUUUCCCAGAUGACCUCUGGGGGCUCCUCGCGGCUGGGCAGCACCCAGGCUCACAGGCAGGGUGAUGGCGCUGGGCAGAUGGGGGCGCAGGAGGAGCCCGGCGACAUCCCAUCUGCGGCUCACAUGCAUGCCCCGGGCGUUUACCAUCACGCCGCCCUCAUCACCAGCUCAAAGACCUGCUCCCGCCUGGGGAAGGACCUGCUGGUGGCCGGAGGGAACGUGGUGGAUGCUGGGAUUGCGGCUGCGCUCUGCCUGGGGCUGGUCCACCCGCACGCCGGGGGGCUGGGCGGCGUGUUCUCAGCCCUGCUGCACAACGCCUCGUCGGGCCGCACCGUGGCGCUGAACGCCAUCCCGCGCCGUGGCUUCUCCCAGCGCUACGGGCUCCCCGUGGCCCUGCCGGGCCUGCGCCUGCUGCACCGGCACCACGGGCGCCUGGCCUGGCCGCGCCUGCUGGAGGGGCCGGCGGCGCUGGCGCGGCGAGGCGUCCGCGUGGGCCGGGAGCUGGCUGCGGCCCUGCGGGAGAGCGCGGGCGCCGUGAAGGCCUCAGGGCUCUGCAGCCUCUUCUGCGACGGGGCCGGCGAGCUGAAGGGCCAGGGCGCGCUGGUCACCCACCCCCGGCUGGCGGCCCUGCUCCGGGCGGUGGCAUCGGGGGACGACGCCCUGCCCCGGGCCCUGGCCCCGGACCUGCCCCCGGCCGAGCAGGAGCCCUUCCUGCAGGCCAUGGGGGACUUGGGCCUGGAGCUGCAGAGCCCCCUGGCCGUGCGGCUGGGCAACGCCUGGCUCCACGGAGCCCCGGCCCCCACCGCCGGCAGCCUGCUGGCCAGCGUCCUCGAGGAGGUGCGGGCAGCCAGGCCCGGGGACGCGCCUGAUCCCUGCCUGAGGGCCCUGAGCGCGGCCCGGCGCGGCUUUUCCCGGGGGCUUGCGGGGGCGGGCCCCUCACCCCGGCCCCCUGGCCCUGGCAGGGGCCCCUCGCCCGUGGGCAGCCACCUGGCAGUGGCAGACAGCCAAGGGAACGUCCUGCUGCUCUCGGCCUCUCUCAACAGCUCCUUCGGCUCCAAAUUCCUGGCUCCCGCCUCGGGCAUCGUGCUGAGUGACCUGACAGCGCCCGCGGGGCCCGGCCUGCUCUCCUGGGCCUGCCCCGUGGUGCUGAGCCUGGGGGAAGAGGGGACGGUGGUGGGGCUGGGGGCCACAGGGGGCAGUGCGGCCCCACUGGCCCUUGCCCAGGCCAUUAUAAACCAGGUGUACCUGGGGCAGCCCCCGCAGGAGGCACUGGAGAGCCCGUGGCUGCAGCUCCGGGGCGGGGGGGAUGGGGCCCCCCAGGGCUGUGGGCCGGGCACCCCGUCAAAUCUGUCCAGUGGUGAGUGGGCGGGGGGGGCCCCGCAGGCGGGCCCCUGGGUGCUGCAGGUGGCAUCCCAGGGUGAGCACGCACAUGCCCUCGCCGCUCCGGCCGCGUGCUGCCAUCACGAGGGGUAUUAGCCCCAGGGGCCCGCUCAGAGCCCAGGGCGCUGGCGUGGCCAGGGCUGGCGUGCCCGGGGAGCCGGCCCUGACCACUUAGUGCCGGCGCAGGGUGAGUGGCUGGUUCUGGCAGCCCCGGUUGGACUCCCCCGCCCAGGGGCCGUUGCUGACCCACUCCUGGCUGGCCCCCUUCCCCUCCUAGCCGGCAUGGCAGGGCUAUGUAGGGCCCCCCCGUCACGGAGGGGUCAGGCUACUGCCCUGUCCCUCAGGCCAGCCCAGGUUCCCUGGGGCUUGGGGCACGCCAGGGGCUGGGUCCUCCCUGCUCUCCGCUCCGGGGCCCCGCUGCCGCCUGGCACCGCUCCGGAGAUUUCCGAAGGGCUGGGCGGGGGGCGGCAGGGCUCUGGGCUGGAGAGCUGGGCUGCGCUUGGGGAGAAGUGGCAGGAGCUCCCCCUCCCCCCGGUCCUGGAGAGGUGGGUUGGCUGCCGGGCACAGGCUCGGAGCGGGGCGCUUGUGGGCUCUGUUGUGUGUGUCUGUAAAGGGAGAAAUAAACCCUCUGGGUGCCGUGCGGCCUGGUUUGUCACUCGUGGCGCGUCGGCCCUGGGCCACUGGCCCCAGCCCAGGGGCCUGGUGAUCCAGCCAGGGAGGGGGGCAGGAGCCCCUGGGGUGAGUCCCCCUCCCGACCAGGAGCUCUCGGGCAGGUUGGAAAGAAGGCUCUUAGCCCGGGAGAGCCUGGGCCGUCUCAGGGGUCCUUGGCCGGGGGGUUAAUGUGAGGACACAAAGGAAGGGGCCAGCCCCGCUUGCCUGGCCACCCGCCCCCAAGCUGCUGUAACCCAAACCCCUCCCGGGCUGGGGCGGUGCCAGCUGCUC